CGUGGAUGCUUGUGGUGAUAAGUAGAAGGAACACGACAACUCUUCACUGUCCUCUUUCUCAGGUCGCUCGUGCCAAUUUUUUUUUUUUUCUUUGUUAAUUAUCACAGAUCAAAUCCUACCAGUUGAUUAGAUAAACAGCUGCAAGUGUCUGAUAGAGGGAGAGAGAGGGGAAAGGAAAUCGAAUCCGUCCAACCGGCGAGAAGAGGAGAGGAAAGGAAAGGAAAGGUAACGGAAAAAAAAUGGGGGAGGCUCGUGGAGGGUGCUGUCCGCCGAUGGAUCUGUUCAGGUCUGAAGCGAUGCAAUUGGUGCAGCUCAUCAUUCCUAUUGAGUCCGCUCAUCUCACCGUCUCUUAUCUCGGCGACCUUGGUCUCCUUCAAUUCAAAGACCUCAAUGCUGAGAAGAGUCCAUUUCAGAGAACUUAUGCUGCUCAGAUAAAAAAAUGUGGAGAGAUGGCACGAAAGUUACGUUUUUUCAAAGAGCAAAUGGAGAAGGCUGGUUUUUCGCCUUCAUCAAAAUCUGUGACCCAAACUAACAUUGAUAUGGAUGGCCUAGAGUUAAAACUUGGAGAACUUGAGGCAGAACUGGUUGAAAUGAAUGCAAAUAAUGAUAAAUUACAACGAACUUAUAAUGAGCUUAUUGAAUAUAAGCUUGUUCUCCAGAAGGCUGGUGAGUUUUUUUCUUCAGCUUUAAGCAGUGCAACUGCGCAGCAGAGGGAAAUGCAAUCACGUCAAGUUGGUGAAGAAUCGCUGGAUACUCCUUUACUAGCUGACAAGGAAAUGUCAACUGAUUCAUCAAAGCAAGUCAAAUUAGGGUUUCUCACUGGCCUUGUUCCUAAAGCAAAGUCUCUGGCUUUUGAAAGGAUUAUAUUCCGUGCUACCAGGGGCAAUGUGUUUAUCAGGCAGGCAGCUGUUGAGGAACCUGUAACUGAUCCUGUUUCUGGGGAGAAGACUGAGAAGAACGUAUUUGUUGUUUUCUAUUCUGGAGAAAGAAUUAAAGCCAAAUUACUCAAAAUAUGUGAAGCUUUUGGGGCAAAUCGCUAUCCAUUCACUGAGGAUCUUGGCAAACAUAACCAGAUGAUCAAUGAGGUCUCAGGAAAACUCUCUGAACUGAAGACUACAACAGAUGCGGGAUUACUUCAUAGGAGCAAUUUGUUGCAGACUAUUAGCGAUCACUUUGUUCAGUGGAACUCUUUGGUGAGGAAGGAGAAGUCCAUCUACCACACUCUGAAUAUGCUUAGUCUUGAUGUGACUAAAAAGUGUCUUGUGGCUGAGGGUUGGAGUCCAGUUUUUGCCUCGAAGCAGAUCCAAGAAGCAUUGCAGCGAGCUGCAUUUGAUUCCAACUCACAGGUUGGGCCCAUUUUCCAGGUGUUGCAUACAAAGGAGUCACCACCUACAUAUUUUCGCACAAAUAAAUUUACUUCUGCUUUUCAAGAAAUUGUUGAUGCUUAUGGGGUGGCCAGGUAUCAAGAAGCAAAUCCUGGUGUAUACACUGUCGUUACAUUUCCGUUCCUUUUUGCUGUCAUGUUUGGAGAUUGGGGGCAUGGAAUAUGCUUGCUACUUGCAACUUUAGUCUUUAUAAUCAGGGAAAAGAAACUUUCUAGCCAGAAGCUUGGGGAUAUCACUGAAAUGACCUUUGGUGGUCGUUAUGUUAUUUUGAUGAUGGCCCUCUUCUCAAUUUAUACUGGUUUAAUCUACAAUGAAUUUUUCUCAGUACCCUUUGAGCUAUUUGGACACUCAGCAUAUGCAUGUCGUGAUCUCUCUUGCAGGGAUGCUACUACGGUAGGAUUGAUUAAGGUGGGCCCCACUUACCCAUUUGGUGUGGAUCCUGUGUGGCAUGGUACUCGCAGUGAGCUGCCAUUUCUUAACUCUCUGAAGAUGAAAAUGUCAAUCCUUCUUGGAGUUGCCCAAAUGAAUCUUGGAAUCAUAUUGAGUUUCUUCAAUGCUUUAUAUUUUAGGAAUAAUGUGAAUAUCUGGUUUCAAUUCAUUCCGCAAGUGAUUUUCUUAAACAGCUUGUUUGGCUAUUUAUCACUCCUUAUCAUUGUGAAGUGGUGGACUGGUUCACAAGCUGAUUUAUAUCAUGUGAUGAUAUACAUGUUCUUGAGUCCAACAGAUGAAUUGGGGGAAAACCAGCUAUUCCCAGGACAAAAGACAGCUCAGCUUGCUCUAUUAUUACUGGCCCUUGUUUCUGUGCCAUGGAUGCUGCUUCCGAAGCCUUUUGUUUUGAAGAAGCAACACCAAGAUAGGCACCAAGGCCAAUCAUACACACUACUUCAGACAACUGAGGAGUCUCUUCAAGUGGAUGCAAACCAUGGCUCUUAUGGUCAUGAGGAAUUUGAAUUCAGUGAAGUUUUUGUGCAUCAACUGAUACAUACUAUUGAAUUUGUUCUUGGGGCAGUCUCAAACACAGCUUCUUACCUUCGUUUAUGGGCCCUCAGUCUUGCCCACUCUGAGCUGUCAAGUGUAUUCUAUGAGAAGGUUCUUCUCCUUGCAUGGGGGUUUAACAAUGUAGUUAUCCUUAUUGUCGGCAUCAUCGUCUUUAUUUUUGCAACAAUUGGCGUGUUGCUGGUGAUGGAAACUCUCAGUGCUUUCCUUCAUGCAUUGCGGCUUCACUGGGUAGAAUUCCAGAACAAGUUCUAUGAGGGAGAUGGUUACAAAUUCUUUCCCUUUUCAUUGGCACUAAUUAAUGAUGAGGAUGAAUGAUUUGCUUCAAAUCAUGGUCGGCAUCAGAGUUGAUGGCAUGUGCAUAGUAAUGGAAUAGACUUUUGUUGAUUUUAUUCAUUUGAACAUGAUGAGAAGUUGGUUGGUAUAAUCAUUGUAGAGGGGGAACUGAGGGAGCUUUCAACCAUUUGAGCACUGCUCCUUGCCCUUCCAAUUCUUCUUUUUGUAUUGGAAGGAAUAAGCAGUUUUGUUGUUUGGCAGGUGGGUUUGUAUGUGAUGGCAGUUAUUUUGUUGCCUAGUGCAAUAAUAAGGAAAUGUUUAAUUUAUUCAACCUUUAUCUAUUCAUUGUUCUAUUUAAAAAAUAAAAAAAUAAAAAAGAAAAGAUAUGGCUUUUCCCCUCUUA